CACCAUGCUCGCUCAACGUUACUCGUCCGUCGUGGCCACGACCCGCGCCGCGGUAUCCGCGUCCGGGGCUCGCUCCGGCGCGCGUCAAACGGCGUUUAAGCCCGCGUGCGUGCCCGCGCGUAACCCCAAACCCGCCGAUCUCUUCUCCGGCCUCUCGGGAAAUUCUCUGUCGGCAGAUCCGGCGCGUCGGGGCCAGCGCGUGACGACCGGCGUCGGGCCCAGGUUCGACGCGGUGGUGUCGCGCCCGCCCCCGACCGAGGGUAUGGGCAUGAACCACGUUCUUUUCGUGGAGAUUGGGAUGGGUGCCGACCAACACGGUCAGGACGCGACCAAGGCGGCCGUCCGCGCUUGUCGCAACGCAAUUGAAUUUAAUUCAAUACCCAGCAUCAGGCAGAUCGUUCCCGGCGGCUACGACAACAUGAAGCUUCACAUCCAGAUCGGCGUGCCCAAGGGCGCGGUGCUAGACCUGGAGAAGAUUCGCAGGGUGUUUCCUUACGGCCAGAUCUGCGAGCCCAUCGAGGUCGUUGAGGGGGGACUCAUGGCGAGGUCCGGGAUCAAGAUCCCGGAGAUGGGAGACAAGAGCGACGAGUUCGUCAUCGCCGUUGCCGCCAUCACCAUCGGGUACUGACCCGCGCCGCGCAAGCUUUCUGUUCCUGUAUGCAUGUACCGCAAUAUCCUGUCACGAUUAGUAGUUUCAAUUUUAGAUGAGCGCUUCAUAAGAACAUCUCCAUGCG